CUUACAUUGUCACUCGACUUGUUCUCACUCCUCACUUUUCGUGUUGACAUCAUUCGUUCCGAUUUGUCAACAGAAAUGAGCAGCCCUGCGACCAAGACGUUUACGUUUCACUGCCCAAUGGACAAGACCACGUUUGCCGCGGCGGCGGGAAACCCGGCUCUUGCUGCUGGAGGGCGUGAAUACCAUCGCUUUCCAAUCGUGACAACGAAGCCUGCUUCUGUUUCCCGACGACAGGCGUCCGCCACCGCUGCUGCCGAGCUCUUGAUGCCAGUCAAGCUCAUUCCCAAGCCACCGGCGGUGCUUCAGGCGGACGUGGCAGCGGCGGAGCUGAUGUUGACCUUCUGGUCCCGAUCAAGCCCCUGGACCCACCAGCUCGAUCCCAUCGCAAGUCGCGUCUUUGCUGCUGGCAAUGGCCCAUUGGUGUAUCGCAGUGAGCCUGACGCGAGCCGUGGCCCAGUCCCAGGGGCAAGCGCUCAUCUACGUCAAUCGGAAGGUGAUAACAUUCCAUCGACAUUGGAACGGAUUGCCGAGAAUCCCAAUUUGGAUGAAGCAAGCGACCGCUCGAGUGAAUCGAGUCAAAGCGAUGACAACGAGAUCGACACCAGCUACACCCACUCCGACGCUCGAGAGCUCGAGGCGCCAAAAAGUGCCAUGCAGCUCCCGAAUUCCAAUGUUCCUUGGACGCAACCACCCACACGGCCCGCCUCGCAUUUGGUACAGACGCCACUCGAGACCGACGCCACAUUCUCCAGCUACUCGGAAGCGGGCGAGCACGAUUCUCAUGCCGCAGUCAGCUCCAACGACGUGCCGACCUACGACGACAGCUCGUUUCGUGGCUUGACCGCAGACGCCAUGUUUGUCAAGCUCCGCGAAGUUGCCCUAAAAGUGAUUCGCCGCACCAAACCAGACGCUCGGUUUGUCUGCCCGUGGGACGGCUGCACCAAGACCUCCAACGAACGCAAGAAUUUCAUCAGGCACGUUCAGUCGCACUCCAACUACCGUCCUUUCAACUGCUUCUGCGGCCACAGCUCUCGAUUCAAGAAUGACCUCUACGAUCACAUUGGUCUUUGCAUCCCGAAACGCGGAAUGCUGCACUGGGACGCGCCACACACUUCCUUUCUGCUCAACUGCAUGAACGCUGUCAACGUGCCCUCGGAUCUCACCGGCGCGGGCUUGCAUGCGACCACCGUCGAGCAGUGGGAUGCGUGGUUUAUCUCCGAGUCGAACAAAUCGCGCUUGCGGAUGUGGCAGAGCCAGCAGACGCGCUUCGAGCAGGCACCAAAGAAGCGUGCCAGCAGUUCGAAAAGUGGCUCAAAGCUCAAGGCGCGACUUGCACCCUUGGCCUCGACUGGCUCCGAAUCGGCUCCGAGUGUGGCUGUAACUAUUGCACAGCAGCAAGAAGUAGCGCACCCAGACGUCAACACUUUGGCGAUGCCUCAGCCCGUGCUUCCCCUAGCCUCUCUUUCGUCGCCGCUGGCAGGAUCGAGUCGCAAGCGUGCUGCAGAAGAGGACCUAGCUGCGACAUUCAACAAAGUGCCUCGCGUCCAACAGACCGCUUCUCAAUCGUAUCAGCGCAGUCUCUCGGAGGAGCGAACCGAGCAAUGGAUUGUUCAAAGCGAAGAGGCGACGGCGUCCGCUGCUGCGCCCGCGGUUCUGUCCGUCUCGCAGAACGAUCUUGCAGUUGCCACGACGGGUCCCACCAUCACCAACAGCUUUAAACCCGAACCGUCUUUGGUUUACAAUAACGCUGAGUUGCUUCCACGACCCACAGAGUCGCCGCUCCCAUUGGGACCCACGCCUCUCAGUCAUGGUCACGAACAACCGCUCAGCAGCUCAGCUGCAGCGCCAAGCGAGAGUUGCACGACCGACGAACGUGCCGCAGAAAAAAUGUGCUCGCCGCUUCCUCAGCCGCAUAAGCUUGAACUCAGCCUAGCCAGUCAUGACAUGCAUUUCUCACACGAUUUUAAGCCCUUGCUGGCGCACGCACUGCCCCAAAUUUCCGAGACCCCAAUUUCCGAGACGCUUUGCUUCGACCGAGAUUCGAUCGUGUGGGGUGGUCGUUUCGACGACACCUUUCAACUGCGAACCGGAGUGGUCUAUACUCCCAAAGCGCGUGGUCGAAUGGCGUAUCAGUUUCGCUCCACUAAGGCGAACGAGCGUCGCUCUCAUUCCCGCCCUACCUCGCGCUCUGAUUCGCGCCCCACUUCGCGCUCUGAUUCGCGCUCUGAUUCGCGCGCGUCCGACUUUCUGACGCACGACAAAGACGCAUUCCUUCGCCAUGUCAUCGACUACAUUUCUUCGCUGCUACAGCUUGCGGACGCACGGUUUCCGCCUUCCACCGUUCGCUCGGCGAGGUACUGGGACACACCCGCGAAAAACGAACUGUUUCAGGGCCGCAAGAGCGAACUUGGUCAACUCUCCUCGCUGGCCCCGUUCGGACCAGACGAUUCCAUACGCGUUUGCGCAAUAUUGGGUCGCAAGGGAAUUGGCAAAACCCAGCUCGCUGUUGCGUACGCGUACCAGAAUUCUGCGGCUUGGGAGUUUGUGGGGUGGGUGAGGGGUGAUUCCCCAGACUCGAUUCUCAGCAGCUAUCACAAACUUGCCGAAGCGCUCGCGCUAGACGUGUUUGCGGACACGCAGCUGCAAGAUUUGGCUUCCAUGGUCAACGCCAAGCUUGAACGCUCGGGUCCUUUUCUGCUGAUCGUUGACAAUGCCAGUCAUUCCAUCCCGCUGCCUCCGUUUCCCAAAAAGGGCGGUGUCGUUCUCAUCACAACUCGAGAGGCCGAGUGGUCUGCGACAACCGCUGCAGUACCGUUGGAUGUCUUGCCAAUGGACGACGCGCUCGAGCUCGUACUUGCUCAAUGCAGCCGCACCAAGGAACUUACAGAUUAUGUCACCGAACAGCUUCAGCAUCCGCACCAGCGGUCACCACUCACACUGAUCCAACUUGGUGCUUAUCUGGCCACUUUGCCUCCAUCGCUCGCCCCUCGCGAUUCCGCCGAUUCAAAUGCUUUGGAACAGCCGUGUAGCUUUGCACACACGCCACACAAGAUCGAACCACUGUAGGUCGUUGAAUUUUGCUAUUCGUUAACAGAGCGUGGGAGAAAGGCAAAGGGGGGGGGGUGAAAAGAAACGAAGGAAGGAAGGAAAGAGCAACAUUCCAAAUAAAGAUUAAAAAAACAA